AUGACCAACUCCUGCUGCUCCCCUUGCUGCCAGCCCACCUGCUGCAGGACCACCUGCUGGAAACCAAGCUGUGUGACCAGCUGUUGUCAGCCCUGCUGCCAGCCCAGCUGCUGUGGCUCCAGCUGCUGCCAGCCCUGCUGUCAAACCACCUGCUGCAGGACCUGCUUCCAGCCAUGCUGUGUGAGCAGCUGCUGCCGCACACCCUGCUGCCAGCCCUGCUGCUGUGUAAGCAGCUGCUGCCAGCCAUGCUGCCAGCCCAGCUGCUGCCAGCCCUGCUGCAAGCCCAGCUGCUGCCAGCCUAGCUGCUGCCAGCCUAGCUGCUGCCAGCCUAGCUGCUGCCAGCCCAGCUGCUGUAUCUCCAGCUGCUGCCAGCCCUGCUGCAAGCCCAGCUGCUGUCAGUCCAGCUGCUGCAAGCCCUGCUGCCAGCCUUUCUGCCUCAACCUGUGCUGCCAGCCAGCCUGCUCUGGACCUGUGACCUGCACCAGGACUUGCUACCAGCCCACAUGUGUCUGUGUGCCUGGAUGCCUGUCCCAAGGCUGUGGGUCCAGCUGCUCCCAGUCUUGCUGCUGA